AUUCAUUCUGUUGAAGAUCGAGGCUGUGAGGGGUCAAGAGUAGAGGCACAGGAUUUUAGGACCAAUUUGGUCAAACGAUACAUGCGAUCUCGCUUCGAGCCCCGACACAGACCAUCAACACAACGCACAUUUCGAGUCUCGUCAACCCGGAAAGGUUGGAUUUUAAAUAUCGACGACUUUAAAACGUGGUAGCGAUUCGUCUUCGGCGAUUUGGACCAUGGAUUUACAUUGCCAAGAAGGAUUUGGGCUUCGGCAUAGCUAUAAGGAUCCCGUUUUGCUAAACGACGAUCGUGUUUUGAACAAUUUACUCACGAGCGAGGAACGGUAUAUGCCUAAUGGCAGCUACUUCAAAGUCGUGCAAAAAGAUAUCAAACCUUACAUGCGAAAAAUGGUUGCAACAUGGAUGCUUGAGGUAUGCGACGAACAACAAUGUCAAGAGGAGGUCUUUCCCUUAUCUAUGAACUAUUUAGACAGAUUUCUUAGCGUACAAGAAAUAAAAAAGAGCCGUUUACAGCUUCUCGGUGCAAGCUGUAUGUUUCUCGCAAGUAAACUCCGCGAAGCGAAACCCCUGUCUGCCGAGAAGCUCGUUAUUUACACGGACAACUCGAUCACCUUAGAUGAACUUAUGAGUUGGGAAUUGAUCGUUUUGGACAAACUUCAAUGGGAUAUUUCAGCUAUAACACCACACGAUUUUCUCGACCACUUAUUCGUAAGGUUGCCAUACGAGUUGAACCAAGAAAGACAGUCGCUCGUACGGAAGCACGCUUCCACGUUUAUUGCCCUGUGUUGUACUGACUUUAGAUUCGCCCUGUAUACGCCGAGCAUGAUAGCGGCUGGAGCCGUCUGCUCUGCUAUGGCGGGAUUUCAGCACGAAGUUCAAACGUCGAGGCAGGCUAUGCUGGAAACAAUGCACCAAAUAACUAGCAUCGAACAAGAAUGCCUGAGUUCUUGCCAAGUUAUGAUAGAAGAGACGCUACAAUUGAACAUUACUGGAUCGCAAACAAACGAAACAAAGUUAGGAGAACAGCCGACCACGCCGACAGACUUGCAAUCUGUCAAGUUCUCGUAGCAUAUAACCAUAUACCCUAGGCAUGCAUAUAUAGUUUAAGCUUGGAUCGCGCGCGUUUGUUAGUGGAGUCUUUCUACUCAGACAAAUAUUGUACAUAAUGUUAAUAGAAAAAUUUAUACAGAAAACU